AUGGCUAGUGGUAUUACUGUUAGCGACGAAAGUCUUACUACAUACAAAGAUCUUCAAUUAGGAAAAAAGCAUCAGUACAUUAUAUUCAAAGUUUCUGAUGAUUUCAAAGCAAUUGUCGUUGACAAAGUUGGUCAAAAAGGUUGCGACUAUGAAAAAGAAUUCUUACCGAGCAUUCCCGAUAAUGAGCCUCGUUAUAUAGUCUAUGAUUUCGCGUACGACACAGAAGAGGGUCGACGUAAUAAGAUUAUUUUUUUCUUGUGGAAUCCCGAUUCAGACGGUGUCAAAAGUGUCAGACAAAAAAUGAUCUAUUCUUCGAGCAAGAAGGCGAUUCGGGAUAGACUUCUGGGAAUAAGUGUUGAUUUGCAAGUGUCUGAUAAGACAGAUCUUAUUUAUGAAGAAGUUCACAAAAGUAUUGCCGGAAAUCCGAAUGCUUAG